UCCAACUCUCAUAUCUGCACUUGAUAAAGGUUAUAUGUGAGUGAGGUUCGCAAACAACGCAACUGAAAAUAACAAAAUAAGGCAUGUUGUCCUUCAUUUCCCGGUUUCUGCCAAGUGUUCCUACUUGGCUAACACCAAGUGCUAUUCCUUUACAUAGUGUUUUACAAGAAACUUACUUGUUUGUUGAGGCACAGAGUAUCGCAGAUCCUGAAACAGACAUUAAACGACGGAACAGACUAAAUGGUGGACUAACAGAGAAAAUUCAGUUCUGGAUCCUAACAGUGGUUCUUUCAGUUGUGGGGUCUCGCGUUGCAUCACUGGUAGUUUUAGAGUUCUCUCUUAGAGCCAUUUCAGCAAGGAUCACAGGAGGAUCAGACUCAAUAAUUGACCCAUUGUUACUGCUGCUUGUCCAGUGCCAGUUCUCCUUGGGCUGCGCAUUAACCUGCAGCCUUAAUUUCCUCCAUGAGGGGGCACCGCAAGGCUGGCUAAGCCUCCUCCUUGCAGUAGGACUGAGCUGGUUCUUGGCAAGCAGGUGCAGCAGAGUAUGGCGACAUGUAAAUACAAUGUAUCCAAUACAUAGUACACAGCGCUAUUGUGGACUUUGCAUUGGACUAUUAACCACUGGCAGUUCUAUAUUAACCUGGCUCUGCAGUGCCCUAAUUAUAACUUUUAGUGUAUCUGGAAUUGCUGCUAUAUCAAACAUAAACCAACACUUUCUAUCAACCACUGAGGCUCUGAGAUUUUGGACCCCACUCACAAUCUGCUACACUCUGCUGGUUGUGUACAUGAAUGAGGAUCGACAUCAUCCGCCUGGCCAGCAGAUUCUCAAUACAGUUGUUGUGCGACUGGGUGGGCUUUUUGUGUUACUGAUUACAGUGGGCAGCUGGUCAGAUGUACUCCAUGUUCUAAUCUGCUUCACUGGUGAAGCUGCAUGCCUGUUUACAUCUCAAGACCUUUUGGAAGCCAUAUAUCAGCAUGUCAUCUACGUGCCUAAAAGCCCAUUAAAAAGACCUGGAAAUCGGGGAGAACUAAGGAAUUUCGAAAGGAAACUGGACUAGGCUUGGAUGAAAACAAACUUGACCUAUAUAUAUAUAUAUAUAUAUAUAUAUAUAUACAUACACACACACACACACACACACAUCUCUGCAAAACACAAUCUAGGUUGUAAACACAAUCCCAUGAGGGUCUGUGGUUUGUCUAAAAAAAAGUACAUUUAAGUAUUUAAGAGAUAUGUGCCUUUCAAUUCCUAAAUAUUUCAAGCCGAUUUAGUACUGCAUGAAAAAUGCCUUCCAAAAUAAUAAAUAUUGCUAUUCAAUAUCUGUAUGAAUAUGGUGAAUUACAUUUCCUCUACACCUAUAUAUAUAUAUAUAUAAUCAAGCAAUAUUAAUUUUGAUUAUCUAUGACUUGGAUAGGAACAACCAACAAAUGUGGCCAGAGUCACCCAGGCAUUAUAAUAAACACAACUAACACAACAAAAACAGUUAAAAGUAGCAUCUACACUCACUACAUAAUUGCGUCUAGUCUUUUAACAUUUUUGAGCCCUGUAACAAGUUAGUUCCGUCAAUUCCUUGGAAGCAGCCAAGCGCUAAAGAAGUUAAACUGAACUUGAACCCAAAAUACCUCCACUGGAAACAAAAUGGCCGAGGCGCUGUCAUUUCUUUUGUUGUGCUGGGUUUUGCCUACACUAGGUUAUUCUCAAAAUGGCGUCAUAUUUCAAAGAACAUUCUUUUGAUAACUGACGACAAAAAUUAACAACCGAACAUUCAGGAACAUCGAGUGUGUGAUCUGUUUGUGACGCGUAAAUCGCUCUGGUAUGCAAUCUGUACGCGUUUAAUUCAUCACGGUGAGACUGUUCCAGGACGUUUAAAAGCGCUCAAACAUACAACGACAAAACAUUUCUCUCAAACGCAUUCCACAUCCUGUCACUUUUUUGGUUACAAUCCCGUCGUUUCCUCUGUCGAAUAAAUGCAUUACAAUUAUUCUUAUCAAUUUAGUAAAGCAAUAAAUGUCUUCACGUCCUUAGAAGUUUGCCACACCGUCUUGUGUUUGGAGCAAGAAAAAAACAAAGAACAUUUGUUGUCCAAGUAUCCAGGGGAUUCAUUUAUUGUAUAACAUACAACAUUGUUUAGGACUAAAUUGCGUUUUUGUACAUCCAACGUGCAACCAAUCCCAAAUCCAAUCCCAAAAGAACUGUCAAAGGAUUACAUUUUAUUAGUUCUAUUCCAUAAAUAUUAAGGAUUUAGGCAGAUCCAGAAAGUCCAUGCAAUUCCAGUAAGAACUCAAGACUGAAUCUGAAGAUUAUGUGGCUUGCUCAAGAUCCAGCUUGAGAAACUGCUCCACCUCAGUACAAGUUCCAGAAUUUUCUACCACUCACUCAGAGGGUUUGUGAUCGCUCUUUGUCAAAACUCUAUGUGGGCGUGAAAAGCGCACGCGCGAUUCAUCCAUUGCGGUCCCUGUUUUGCCGCAUUCUGGCGCAUGCGAGAACCAAACCGUACGCCUCGUGCAUAGUUGGAAAACAGACAAAUGUUUGUUUUAAUAAGGAAAUGUUACAUGAUUGGGCAUUACCUUGGGUGUUUCUUCAAGACAGCA